AUGGGGGCCUCUCUUUCUACAAUCUGGAGCGCAAUGCCACCAAUCCAGGACUUUUCCCCUCCAUCACCAGCAGCCUACACAGGAGUGCUAGCCGCGUUCCAGUACUUCCCAGUCUUCUCAGUCAUUCAAUGGUUCUUAUCAUGGCAUCCAGCCGGCAAAACCUCCAUGAAAAGCUCCAUUUUCAACCUACCCGGCAGGCUAGCCUGGUGUAUCAUGGAAAUUACCGGCCCAGUUGUCUUAAUUUACAACCUCUCCCAAGCCUCACCGAGCUUCUUCGAGCUACCAGCUCCUAACCAGCUCGUUGCUGCGCUCUACUGCACUCACUAUCUGAACCGUGCAAUCAUUUCACCAUUCUUCUCAGCCCCAAGCAUGUCCCCCAUCCAUGUAUUCAUCAUGCUUAGCGCCAUAGCCUUCAACUGGCUCAACUCUUCCUGCAUCGCAGGCUGGCUAAUGGGUUACGCGAUCCCGAUCCCAGGGUUCCAGACAGAGGGCACUCCAGCCUUGGACCCGGGCUCCUUCGGGUUCACUCUCGUGCAGAUCCUCCCUUUCAUCGGAACGAUCUUGUUCUCGUUGGGGAUGGCCGGGAACAUUCACUCCGAGACGGAACUUUUCCGGCUCCGAAGAGAGUCAGCUGAGCAGCGCUCUUCUAAGAAAUCGGAUGCCACCACUGUGAUUGCGGACAAAACUGGGAAGGAUGGUAACAAAUUCCACAAGGUCUAUGUUAUUCCCCCAGUUGAGGGAGUCUUCCGUACGAUCUUGUACCCGCAUUACGUAUUCGAGUGGCUUGAAUGGGUUGGGUUUGCACUUGUUGGUACAGCCGUCUUCCCGCUCCCUGGAAGGGGUGUUGCUCCACCUCUUCGUGCUGCACCAUGGGUUAUCCCUGCGGUGUGGAGUGCGGAUCUCCUGGGCAUUCCGUUCCCGUUGCCAGCUGUUCUCUUUGUCAUCAAUGCCGUUGCGAAUAUGCUGCCUCAUGCCCGGUGGGGGCGUAAGUGGUAUGUUGAGAAGUUCGGGGAGAAGGGAGUUGCUGGACGUGGAGCAGUUGUCCCUGGGUGUGCAUGGAUGUAA